AUGGCCUCUUACAGGCCAUUCCCUCCACAGUCGGCUUUUCCUCAACCUCCACCUCCUCCUCCACCGAAUCAAGCGCCACCACCUCAGCCACCUCCACCACCGCAGCAACCACCACACAGGCCAAACCAGUACAGUCAAAACUAUGCACCUCAUAUGCCUCCUCCCCCUCCUACAUCAUUCCCACAGAACUAUUCACAACAGCAGAAUUUUCCAUACCCUCACCCAAGAGCUCAAGCGCCACCUUCCCACCAGCAAUACCCGUAUCAGCCUCCACCUCCAAUGCCAGCAGCACCGCCACCUCCACUUCCUGACUCUUCAUAUCCUCCUCCACCUCCACCACCAGGGCCAAGUCAACCACAACCGCAACAGCCAUCAUCUAUGUAUUACCGACCUUCUCAAUUUUCACAGUAUAAUCAACCGCCAAUGCAGUCCAUCCCUCCUCCUCCCCCUUCUUCUUCUCCGAGUUCCUCAAUGCCACCACCACCACCACCACCACCCAGCUCGCCGCCUCCUCCGCCACCUCCAAAAGAAAGUGGGGUGGAAAGAGAGAGAGGGGGUUCGAGGGACAAGAGAGAGCACAGGAACUUGGAGCAUGGGAAAUCAAAUCAGCAGAAACUUCCAAUUCCUCCACCCUCCAAGAAGGCCAACGGGGCAGUAGGAAGGGUAGAGACAGAGGAAGAGAGAAGAUUGAGGAAGAAGAGGGAAUUCGAGAAGCAAAGACACGAGGAUAAACAUAGGCAGCAGAUGAAAGAGUCACAGAACUCCAAUCUGCACAAGAGUCAGAUUGCAUCUUCUCAUAAGGGACAUGGUUCUAUUAUUGGGCAACGGGUUGGGGAUAGGAGGGCCACACCUUUAUUGACUGCAGAAAGGAAUGAGAACAGGUUGAAAAAGCCUACAACAUUCUUGUGCAAGCUGAAAUUCCGUAAUGAACUUCCAGAUCCAAGUGGACAGCCAAAAUUUAUGAGAAUGAAGAAAGAUGACGACCGGUUUACUAAGUACAUGAUCACUUCUUUGGAGAAGAUGUAUAAGCCAAAGCUAUAUGUCGAGCCAGAUCUUGGGAUUCCUCUUGACCUCCUUGAUCUCAGUGUUUAUAAUCCCCCAAGUGUGAGACCACCUCUGGACUUGGAGGAUGAGGAAUUGUUGCAGGAUGAUGAGGCACAUACCCCCGUGAAAAAAGAUGGGAUAAAAAGAAAAGAAAGGCCGACUGAUAAAGGCGUUUCAUGGCUAGUCAAAACACAGUAUAUAUCUGGUUAUAGCAUGGACUUGAACAAGCAGUCUAAUACUGACAAGCAAGCAAAGGACCGAGAAAAGAAAGGAGCCCACCUCUUGGAUAACCUUAAUGAUAGGGAGAGACAGAUCAAAGACAUCGAGGCAUCAUUUGAGGCAUGCAAGUUACCACCUGUCCACGCAACCAAUAAAAACUUGCAUCCUGUGGAGGUUUUGCCACUGUUACCUGAUUUUGAUCGGUAUGAAGGUAAAUUCACCAUGGUGACAUUUGACGGUGCUCCUACAGCAGACUCUGAACAAUAUGGCAAGUUGGAUCAGUCUGUUCGAGAUGACUGUGAAUCACGGGCUGUUAUGAAGGCCUGUGUGAUCUCAGGCCCUGAUCCGGCAAAUCCAGAGAAGUUCUUGGGCUACAUGGUUCCUAAUCCUAAUGAGCUGUCAAAGGAUAUGUUUGAUGAAGACGAGGAUAUCUCAUAUUCCUGGAUUCGAGAAUACAAUUGGGAUGUACGUGGUGACGAUGGUGAACCAACAACGUUCGUUGUUUCGUUUGAUGAGUCUGAAGCUCGAUAUCUGCCACUUCCGUCGAAGAUUACAUUGAAAAGGAAAAGAGCCAUAGAGGGAAGAUCCAAUGACGAGGUUGAACAUUUCCCUGCACCCGGAAGAGUGACUGCCAGGUGGCGCCGUGAAGCAGCUUCAAUCGAGCUUAGGGAACCAGGGGUUAGUAGCAUAAAAUCAAGAGGUAACAAUUCAAAGUCGAGGACGGCACGGUCUGAAGAUGAAGAAGAAGACGAAUACGAUGAUGAUGACCUCGAAGAGAGACAUCAUAAGAUGUCCCGGAACCAAGAUAUCAACCAAUAUAGUGCUGGCGAAGAUGAAUUUUCUGACGAAUAA